AUGGCGCCGGCAGCGUAACGACUCCGCAGGACGGCGACCUGCACUGCGCAGUCGCCACGCGGCAUCGGCGCUUGGCACAUCGAUUGCUGCGCGAGCGGCUCUGUUGCCUGCGCCGCGUCACUGCAGGCUGCUGUUUCGGUGUGAGGAGGCAGGUCUGUGGCCACCGCCGAGGAUGGACAUCAGGCCGAACCACACCAUCUACAUCAACAACAUCAACGACAAGAUUAAGAAAGAAGAACUGAAGAGGUCACUGUAUGCGUUAUUCUCACAGUUUGGCCAUGUGGUUGACAUUGUGGCUUUAAAGACUAUGAAGAUGAGAGGACAGGCUUUUGUUAUAUUUAAAGAACUUGGAUCAUCUACCAAUGCUUUGAGACAACUACAAGGCUUUCCAUUUUAUGGGAAACCAAUGCGUAUUCAGUAUGCAAAAACAGACUCUGAUAUCAUCUCUAAAAUGCGUGGUACUUUUGCCGAUAAGGAAAAAAGGAAGGAAAAGAAGAAGGCCAAAUCUCUGGAGCAGUCAGCAAAUGCAGCAAAUAAAAAGGUUAUCCAGGGAGCAACACAAAAUUCAGCCAAUGCCCCAGGGACUGCAGCACAGAAUCAGCAGGUGCCUGAUAACCCACCAAACUAUAUCCUUUUCCUUAAUAACUUGCCUGAGGAAACAAAUGAGAUGAUGCUGUCCAUGUUAUUCAAUCAGUUUCCUGGAUUUAAAGAAGUACGCUUAGUGCCUGGGCGCCAUGACAUUGCAUUUGUGGAGUUUGAAAAUGAGAAUCAAGCAGGAGCUGCUCGAGAUGCUCUCCAAGGAUUUAAGAUUACUCCAUCUCAUGCCAUGAAAAUCACUUAUGCGAAGAAAUAAUGGGAUGCUCCUAUAAAGGACUUCUGUGGAUAGUUGGAUUUUUAAUGUGAUGAUACUUUGAUCAGCUAGCAUGUUUGCUGUUCUCUAUGGGAAACUUAAGACUUGUGUAAAAUUACCACAGCAGCCAGGACAGACAUGAAAUUUCCAUGGAUCUACUGGAUAGUAAAUCUUUGUGUUGAAAUACUAAUUUUUAUAAAAUUCAGUUUAUGCUGUUUUCAA